AGAAUAGCAUAUUACGCAUAACUGCUUCCGCCCUCGUCCUCUUUCCUCUGGCGUCGCAAUGUCGAAGAGAGGACGUGGUGGCUCCUCCGGGGCCAAGUUCCGCAUCUCGUUGGGUCUUCCAGUGGGAGCAGUUAUUAACUGUGCAGACAACACAGGUGCCAAGAACCUGUACAUCAUCUCUGUGAAGGGCAUCAAAGGUCGCCUUAACCGCCUGCCUGCAGCAGGAGUGGGUGACAUGGUGAUGGCAACCGUCAAGAAGGGCAAGCCAGAGCUUAGAAAGAAGGUACAUCCUGCAGUGGUCAUACGGCAGCGCAAGUCUUACCGGCGAAAGGAUGGAGUCUUUCUCUACUUUGAGGACAACGCGGGUGUCAUUGUCAACAAUAAAGGAGAAAUGAAAGGUUCUGCCAUCACUGGCCCGGUGGCGAAGGAAUGUGCUGAUCUCUGGCCCAGGAUCGCCUCCAACGCUGGCAGCAUCGCCUAGCUUGACAUUUAUUUCAAAUAAAAACAAGUUUGUUGCCAUC